AUGGCGGACAAGUCGGAGAACCCCAUGCGCCAGAUCCGGGUGGAGAAGCUGGUCCUGAACAUCUCCGUGGGCGAGAGCGGGGAUCGCCUCACGCGCGCCGCCAAGGUGCUGGAGCAGCUCACCGAGCAGCAGCCCGUGUUCUCCAAGGCCCGCAUGACCAUCAGGCAGUGGAGCGUGCGGAGGAACGAGAAGAUCGCCUGCCACGUCACCGUGCGGGGCGAGAAGGCCGAGGAGAUCUUGGAGAAGGGCCUUAAGGUCAAGGAGUACGAGCUCCGCAAGAAGAACUUCGCGAGGAACGGCAGCUUCGGCUUCGGGAUCACGGAGCACAUCGACCUCGGCAUCAAGUACGACCCCGGCACCGGCAUCUACGGCAUGGACUUCUACGUGCACCUGAGCCGGCCGGGCACCCGGGUGAAGAACCGCAAGCUGAAGGUGGGCAAGAUCGGGGCCUCCCACAAGCUGAAGAAGGAGGAUGGCCAGAAGUGGUUCCAGACCAAGUACGACGGGAUCCUGCUGAACUGA